AUGGGAAAUAAUUGCUCUUAUAAAUAAUAAAUGAGCGAUAAAACUCAAUUUGAUUAACUAAAUUCUAAAAGCAAUUUGAACAGAAUGUCCAAACCUAAAUUAGAUAGUUUAAUAAACACAAGCUAAUUAACUCAAAUGGAAAUACCUAAUGCUAUGCUUCAGUCUCCUACCAAGCCUUUCAUUCCAAAUUAAAAUGAAAUAAAAUCAUUAGUUAGAGUUCCUUCUGAAGAAAGUCUAUUUUUGUCAUAAUUUAAUAUUGAAAAAGAGAAUGAACAAGAAAAUAACUCUAUCAACUAAUAGAAGCAAAAAUCAAAACCUCUUAUGGCAUUGAAAUCUUCUCUUAAACGUAAAAAUAAAUAGAAUCAAGUUUAAACUCCUAACUUCUAAUCACCAAGUCCAAAAGAACCCUAAUAAAUAAAAUGUCGUUCGCAUUCUCCUUUUUAUUCUAGUGCAAAGGUUGAAAUCAAAAAAAAGAAGAGCAUAGAAUAUUCUAAACAAAUUACUCUAUAAUAAGAUUCAAAACCAAGAAGAAAAUAUUCUGACGCACCUAUAUAAAAAGAAAAACCAAAAUUAAUGAGAAGAAAAAUAAGUGAUAUACGUGAUGAUCACAACUAUAUAAUAGGAAUUGAGAGCUAUAGUCCAACAAAAUUGAGAACUCAUACUCCUACUUCAAUUUUAAAGAGAAAAGAUUCUGAUAUUGAGACUAACUCUCCUAUGAAAAAACAAGUUAGAUUUAAAGAAUAAGGGAUUAAUCGUAAGUUACAUAAUAAAUGA